UGUCUGAAUUCCUUCAGGUUGGUAAUUUAUUAUCAAUAUACAUAUUUUCUUUUAGACAGUGAUAUCUUAUUCAUUUUCCCUGCAAGAAUGUCAUCAGAGGAUUCUCAGCGAAACUUUCGCUCUGUCUACUAUGAAAAAGUUGGCUUCCGAGGAGUGGAAGAGAAGAAGUCUUUAGAGAUUUUAUUAAAAGAUGACCGCUUAGAUAUUGAGAAGCUGUGCACCUUUACUCAGAGGUUUCCUCUCCCAUCCAUGUACCGGAUUCUUGUUUGGAAGGUACUAUUAGGAAUUUUGCCUCCUCAUCAAGAGACUCACUCCAGGGUGAUGUCAUAUAGGAAGGAACAGUACAGUGAUGUGUACCAUGCCCUGCAAGUUAUCCGUUUCAUUGAUGAGUCUACUCCCAUGAGCGAGGUGUUCCUCCACAUGCAUCAUCUGGAGACCGGCAAGCUACCUCACAGUCAAGCUUAUCCUCUGGAGCCAGAAGAUGAUUUUUUUCUUGCAGUAGCUGCUAGUAUGGAAGAAAUGGUAGAUGAUGAUAUGGACUGUUACUGGUUGAUCAAAAGCUUUGUUAAUCAUUUAGAUACAAAGUUUAAAGAUUCACAGAAUCAGCUGCAGAAAUCCUUUGAGCAUUACCUUAACCUAGAAGAUAACAGAAUCGUGACUCAUCUCAAGACAAGCAAUAUGUUAGACAAGCUUCCGUAUGACUUGUGGUUUAAGAAGUGCUUUGCAGGCUGCUUACCUGCUUCCAGCUUACAAAGAGUGUGGGACAAACUUGUGAGCGGAUCGUGCAAAAUUCUUGUUUUUGUUGCUGUGGAGAUUUUAUUAACAUUCAAGAUGAAAGUCAUGGCAUUGAAUACCGCGGAGAAUUUAAAUACAUUUUUAGAAAAAAUUCCCGAAGACAACACUGAUGCAAUAGUGAGCAAAUCUAUAGACUUAUGGCACAAGCAUUGUGGUAUACCUGCCCAUUCUGUGUAAUUAUUGCCAAUUAGCAAAUUGUUUGUUGUUUACUUUUAUAUAUUUUCUUUUCUUAUUUAAGUUGUGACAGUUGUAUAUGUGGAUUGAUUUUUAAGUCAUGAACAAUUUAGUAUAUUGGCUCAAAUAAAUCUGCUUUGUUCAUUAAA